AUGACCCAGUCACUCAUCGCCCCAGCGACUGCCACGGCAUCUUUUCUAGAAUGUGGACCAGUUGCUUUGUGGCGCCGGUACUCCUCCUCUGGCAUCUCACCCACACCUCGCGUUGUGCGUUUUGUUUUGGACUACAUCAUGGGAGCGUUUUUGGUUGCUGGGGCAGCAGAGGUAUUGGUGCCAGCGGGCAUGGUCCACUGGAUGGAGCGCAAUACCGCUGGUGAACCACGAGGUGCGUGGGAGAUGCUGGCGCGGGACCACCGCCUGGUUGUGUUAGCUACCUGCGGCGAAAUAGGUGACAUCCUCGACUGCUACUCUUCCUACCACACUUUUUGUAUUCCAGUCCCUGGCGGUCCACUCUCCUCGAAGCUUUUAUUCCGACGCGCCAUUGAUGUCUACUACGGUGAUUCUGUCAAGAAAAUGAUGGAUAUGUUCAGAAGCACGGGAGCCUCGUCCUGUGUGAGCUGGCGUGCGUGGAUGCGCUCUGGAUUAACCUGUCCGUUUGAAGGCCACUACGUUCCACCUAUACGCGUCUCCGAGUAUGCGGCCUCUUUGUUAAGUGCGGAAGGUGGUUGCACGCAGAUUAUUUUAGAGGAAGGAAGCGCUGGCCUCACACCACGUUGGCUUGAGACCUCGCUAAAGACAGCGUUGUCGUGUGGUAUUCCGACAUCUUGCAUGUCACUCGCCUUGUGUGAUGCAGCGCACACGCCCAAGCUAGUCGGUAAGGCUCUUGAGGUGGGGGUUCAGCACCUCUGUACGUCCUCGCUAGGCCGGGAGUUCGCGUUGUUCGAGAAAAGCGAUCCCCUGGUGCCAAUCGACGCCAUCUCACUUCUGGUAUCACAUAUUGCCGAGCUUAAUCAGGCCAGUCUUUCGGACGCCGAGUUGGACCAAUUACAUGACAGCGCGGCUUUUGUCGAAUCAGUCCGAAAGCAGUGGCUCAAGGAGACGGAAAUGUGCAUUGGGUGA